AUGAGCGGCAUCACCGACGAAGCGGCCAUCGAGGGCCAUGACCUCAUUCACAACGCCGAAGUCGAGGAAGACAAGCUACACAAGCAUGACGACCGUCGAACAGCAGAGACCAAACGCGCAGAUGCCCCGGGCGAGGCACACACCGGCCACCCCGAGGGCGCCCACAAGGAGUCUACGCUCGACAAAGUCAAAGAGGCUUUACACUUGAACAAGUGA